AUGGGGAAAGCGCUUAAUCCUUCGGAUGGCUUUAACAGCAAAAUGAGAUGUCAGGUGCAGAAUUUGCAGGAUGAACGUCAGCAGCUGGCUCCAGGUGACCCUACAGCGGGGGAGCAUGUGUCCAGUCUGUGUGCUGCAGAGCUGCAGGGCAAAAUCCAGCAAUUUGAAGCUGCCAACAAGUUGUUACAGGAAAAGCUAAAUGAAUUGAACUUUGAAUUAAAAUCUGCCCAAGAAACAUCGCAGAGGCAAGAUCGUACAAUCCAGAGUCUGAAUGAGGCCCUGAAGAGCAAAGAGAGUAAGACAGAAGAGCUGUACCAUAUCAUUGAAGGGCAGAAUGAGACAAUGGCCAAGCUGCAGGACAUGUUACACAGAAGCCGUCUGGGACAGUUACAGAUGUCGGAGAAGCCACUCUCAACCCAGGAGCAGCAAAUGUCACUGCUAGAUCUUCAGAACACACUUUUCUGCACCAAGCUGGAGGUGCAGAAACUGAAAAGAGCUCAGUGCCAGAAGGAGCAUCAACUGGCUGAAUCCAGGAGAGCAACCCAGCUCCUAGAGACCAUGGUGCAUGAGGAAGAGCAGCAGAAAGAGGCAACCAGGAAACACAACCAGGAGCUGCGUGCUGUGGUACAGCAGCUGCAGGCAGAGCUGCAGGAAAAGACUCAGCAGCUCCAGACUGUGGAGUGGGAGAAAUGCCGUGAGCUGCAGGCCCAGGCGCAGAGAGCUCAGUGUUUGAGUCAGCAUCUUGCUCGUAAGGAACAGCUUCUGCAGGAAUCAAGGGAGCUUCUGCAGUGCCAGCAAAGCUUGGACAAGAGCCCUGCUGCCGUGAAUGCCAUGCUGGAGAAACUGCAGCAGCGAGUCAGUGACAGGGAUGCUGCUCUGGAGCGAGCAGUAGAUGAGAAGUUCUGUGCCCUGGAGAAGAAGGAGCAAGAGCUGCAACAACUCCAUCUCUCAAUAAGGGAGCGUGGAAGUGACCUGGAGAGACUGCGCAAUGUCCUAUCCAGCAACGAGGCCACCAUUCAUAGCCUGGAGAGCCUCCUGAAAGCCAAAACCCUGGAACUAGAGCAGGUCUCAGCAACCUGCCAAAACCUCCGCUGGCUCAAGGAGGAGAUCGAGGCCAAAUCCUGCAGCAGGCAGAAGGAGCAGGAGGGGAUCAUCCAGCAGCUGCAGACCUGCCUGCAUGACAGGAACAAAGAAGUGGAGGAGCUUACAGCAACUCUGCUGUGCAAGCUGGGCCCAGGGCAGAGCGAGGUAGCAGAGGAGCUGUGCUUGCGUCUCCAGCACAAGGAGAAGAUGCUGCAGGAUCUCCUCAGUGACAGGAACCGUCAGACCAUGGAGCAUGAUGCAGAAAUCCGGGAGCUGCUGCAGGCCAUGAGCACCAAGGAGCAGCAGAGCCGAAUGGCUGCUGAGAAGAUGGCGCACGCUUUGGCUGAAAGGAGCAGUGAGUUACAACUCCUACGCCAGCAUGUGUUGGGAAAGGAGCCUGUCGGGACCUUGUUGGCUGGUGCCAGGCUGUUGAAGCAGGACAAACAGCCCAUACAAGAAGUACUGCAAAGAGCUUGUGGAGCUACAGCCAUUGCCGGACCCCCACAGGGGGACAGCAGCUGCAGGACAGAGGGAGUUACGACGUCAGCAGCAGAACUGGAGAAGGAUCUUGUUAACGCCAAAGAGGAGCUGGAGCUAAUGGCAAAGAAGGAAAGGGAGAGCAGGCGGGAGCUCACUGCUCUCCAGUCUGUUGUGGCCACGCAGGAGGAAGAGCUGCAGGUGCAGGCCUCGGAUAUAGAGUCCUUGACCAGGACCAUCCAGAUCAAAGAGGACCUCAUCAAGGAUCUGCAGAUGCAGCUGGUGGAUCCUGAAGAAAUUCCAGCCGUGGAAAGGCUGACACAAGAGGUGCUGGUGCUUCGGGAGAAAGUGGCCAUAGCAGAGUCACGAGGACAAGAGACUACUGGAAACAGAAGGCAGCAGUUGUUACUGAUGCUGGAAGGGCUGGUGGCUGAAAGGAAUCGGUUAAAUGAGGCUCUCCAGGCAGAGAGGCAGCUCUAUGGCAGCCUGGUGAAGUUUCACACGCACCCAGACAGUGCUGCGAGAGACCACACUCUGCAGGUGGAGCUGGAGGGUGUCCAGGAGCUCCGGGGACAGCUGGAAGAAGCUCUUGGAAGAAGCCUGGAGCGUUUGAGCAGGCUGGAGACGCAGGGCACCAUAGGAGGUCAGGCCACAGGGAUAAACGCUGAUGAUGCCAGCACUAACUUCACCGACAGCAUCGAGGAGGAGGCAGCCCACAGCGCAGCGACCCGCUAUAGCAGCCCCCUGGCCCCUAAGGAAACUGAGGGCACUGAGAGGGCCCCGAUAGGGAGCACGGCACCUGCUGUGCCAGAGCGGGAGCUGAAGGCGAUGCUGAGCCUGUGCCUAGAGAACGCGGAGCUGAAGGAGCGAAUGGGUGAAGCCACGUCACUGCUGGAGACUGGGGAGCCGGAGGAGGCUGGGCUGGGAAGUCCCCCGGCCCCUGAGCCCCGCAGGCUGCAGAGGAAGAGCCGCACUGCCCUUGGGGACCACCCAGCUGGUGGCAGCAGAGAUGGCCAGGGGAUUCCAGCAGAGAGGGGAACCGUGCCUGCCAAACGCCCAGCGCUGGAGGCGCGAUCCCAGGAUGACGUGCCCAAGAGACCCUGCCCUGAUGUCCCAGGUGGAGGGAAUGAGAGCCACGUGGAGGGCACAGCCCCAGGUAGGGGCUGGCUGCGGCUGGGCACGGAGCUGCGCUCCCAGGUAGCGCAGGGCCAAAGGCAGUGCCAGGAGCUGCAGGACAAGCUUGCUGCCUCAGAGGCCACAGUGCGGGCACAAGCUGAGCAGCUGGAGAAGUACCAUGUCCUGCUCCGUAACUGAUGGGGCUGCCUGGCAGGUGAACCCCACGCCCAGCAGCUCAGCAAGCAAGUGCAGGUGGAUUUCCAGGACCUGGGCUAUGAGACGUGUGGGCGAAGUGAGACUGAGGCUGACCGGGAUGAGACCACCAGCCCUGAGUGUGAGGAGCCAGAUGUAUUCAGCGAGCCCAGCCUGGGCGAGGAGCUAGGGUCCCCACGCCAGCCAGGGAUGCCCGGGGUGGGCAAGGCUGUCCAGAAAGCCAUAACCCCGGUGGACGUGGGAGCCCUGUACCAGCACAUCCAGGACCUCAAGGCACAGCUGCUCAAUGCCAACAAGGUGAUCCAGAGCCUGCAACGCCGUGCCCGCUCUGUCUCCGUCACCAGUGGCUAUGUCUCGGGCGCCGAGCGGCCCCUGCCGGGUCCCACAACCCUGGCCUCGCCAGCCCACAGCCUCACUGAUGAGGACGAGGGCUGGCAGUCAGACAGCCAUGGCACCCUCUGCCCGCCCGCCCUGCGGGCGCACCGUGACCUGCAGCACCUGGUGCACCGCGUUGCACUCCUUGAAGCGCAGCUGCCCACAGCCAAGACCGGAGGUGUUUUGCCCAAGGAGCUGCAAUCUGCUACCUGGCCAGGGAAGUACGACUCGCUGAUCCAAGCGCAGGCUCGGGAGCUCUCCCACCUGCGGCGGGAGGGCCGUGGGGUGAGCCGCAGCCUGGCCCAGCAUCUGCGUGGUGCCCUGCGGUCUUUCGAGGAGCUCCUCCGUGGCACUGACAUCGACUACUACCUGGGCCAGGGCUUUCGGGAGCAGCUGGCCCAGGGCAGGCAGCUGGCUGAGAAGCUCAGCGACAAGCUGGGCACAAGAGAUCGACAAGAUGGGGAGGAUAAAACCAGCCACGAACUCCUGGCAUUGAGGCUCAGUCGGGAGCUCCAGGAAAAGGACAAGGUGAUUGAGAGCCUGGAGGCGAAGCUGCAGGAGCGCUGUGAGUCUCCAGGCAGCAGCCACCCACCCUCCGAGUCAUCCCGCUCUGCCACCAGCACUUCCUUCGUGUCCGAGGGGCUGGAGCCCUGCUCCGACGGGGAUGUAGCCAGCGAGUGCAGCCAGUGCCGUGAAGAGCCUGCCCGACUCGCAGGCUUUCAAUUUGAUUCCUUGUCCCAACCCGUCAGUGCCCCGCUGCCUGCGCUGCCCUCCGGGCCGCCACCCUUCCUGCCUGCUGGGCCACCCCUUCCCACUGCCACCCCGCUCCUGGGCUGCUGCAAAGCCCCUGGCUGCUCCCUGGCUGAGGCGCAGCAGGAACUGCAGGUGCUCCGGAGGCAGCUGGGAGAAAGUGUGAUGCUGCCUGUGGCACCAGCAAAGCCCACAGCCUCACUGGGCCCCUUUGGAGAGGACAGCAAAGCCCCAGCAUCGCUCUGCCGGCAUGGUGCGCUGCAGAGUUUGGCUGAGCCCCCCAGGGCCGCUGAGACCUGCACCCUCUGGGAUGUACCCGCUCCUGGCCAGCCACUUUAUGGGGCCCUGCCGUCGGGGUACCCCUCCAGCCAGAAGCUAACGGGGGCAGAUCUGCUGGAAGAGCACUUGGUAGAGAUCCGCAGCCUGCGCCAGCGUCUCGAGGAGUCCAUCUGCACCAACGACCGGCUCCGGGAGCAGCUUGAACGCCGCCUGGCCUCCGCCGGCAAGGCCAGCGGACUGUCCAGUGAUGUCUACACCCAGGGGCUGGAGCCAGGGCUGCAGCUGAGUGGGGAGAACCAGGCUCUGCGUGAGGACAACCGGACCCUGCGGCUCCAACGUGACCACUUCUCCCAAGGUAGGGCCAGGCCAUCAGUGCUGCAGCACACAGUGACGCUCCUGCAGCAGCAGUGUGAGGAGCAUCACCUGCUCCUGCAGACUCUGCGUGCGGAGCUGCAUGUCUACGAGAGCCUCCCCGGCCCCUCUGCCCAGACACGUACAGAGCCACGUGGGGCAGACCCACCAGCGAGGAAGAGCGACGGACCAACGGAGGCUCAUGUCAUCGGCCAGCUGGACACCUAUCAGGCCCUGGAGCAGCGCAUCCUGGAGGGGAAGGCACUGGCCCGCGAGCUGAUAUGUCUCGCGCGCCCAGCACUCAGGCUGCCCAACUGCCAGCUCCUGGGAAAAGAGGCCCCAGGCUGGGCAGGCGCAGGGCACCUCUGGGGCAGCGCCAGCACACUGCACCGCAUCCUGGAGGAGUGCGUGUCUCUCCUUGCCGCCUUCUGGAGCACCGUGCUGCCCAUCGGCCCUGCCCAGCACCAGGGCAAGGUAAGCCCCAGGCCGAGGGCUGGCAGGGCUGGAUCGUGCUGGCCACUCAUCGUGCUCCUCUCGUCCCAGGAGCAAGCGCUACAGGGCGAGAUCACCACGCUGCGUGCCCAGCUCUCCGAGAGGGAGGAUGCUCUGCAGAGCACGGCCGAGCAGCUGCGCAGCACAGCCCGGCUCAAGGACAGCAUGGAGCAGUUCAUCGUGAGCCAGCUGACCAGGACCCACAACGUGCUGCGCAAGGCUAGGACGAACCUGGAGGUGAAGGCCCAGCAGGCCCUGUCUGUCGCCUGA